AUGGGAUGUUCUCAAUCUAUCAGUGUUAGAGAAAUAGUCGAUUGUGAAGAAAAGCGAAAUUCAGAUCAUGUUAAUCAUAACCAUUCAUUAACUAAAGCAAAUGGUGAGAAAAGAAGCUCUCAACUGUAUAGUUUAGGAGCUGCUGUUCUUAUACAAAAAUGGUACCGGCGUUAUCAAGCACGUCUGGAAGUCAAAAGAAGAUGCGCUUGGAUGAUUUAUCAGACAUUAGAGUAUGCUGGCGAACAAAAUCAUGCAAAGCUAUACGAUCUAUUUCAUGAUCUUAUAUCACACGCAUCCAGUGGAGAAACAGCAAACACCGAUGUUAAUUCUGACUGUCCACAUAGUCCAGAUGUAAGAUUUUUAACGAUUCCAGAAACUGACAUUGAUGAACCGUUAGAUUUAAACAUUUGGAAUGGGGAUUGGUUACCGAUAAUACCGUCAAAUUAUCAAGGAAUAAAGUUGUACUUUCCCAUAGAUAUGAAUCAAGUUGCCAUGAUGAUGGAAUCAUUUGUUAAUGGAUGUCGGCUUCACGCAAAAUAUGUAUUUCAAAUUUUAUGCGAAUCCAGACAAUGUAUCAUGUCACGUCCAAAUAUUCAAAUGGCAUCAACAUCAAUAUCUCGACAAAUUACAGUUGUUGGUGAUCUACAUGGACAAUUUAGUGAUCUUCAAAUUAUUUUAUAUAAAAAUGGGAUGCCAGAUGUAACGAAUCCUUAUGUAUUCAAUGGGGAUUUUGUUGAUAGAGGUAGAAAAUCUGUAGAAACAUUAUUAACUAUCUUAUGUCUAAUGUUGGUUCGACCAACUUCAGUAUUUAUAAAUAGAGGCAACCAUGAAGAUCUUUAUGUAAACUGUCAAUAUGGAUUUAUAAGGGAAAUCCAAAAGAAGUAUAAAUCUUCAGCUGGUAUGCUAGUAAAAUGUUUUGCAGAAUUUUAUCGUUAUCUUCCGGUGGCCACAUUAAUUGACGAUAAAAUUUUUGUCUGUCAUGGUGGUAUAUCAGAUAAAACUGAUUUGAACACAUUAGGAGAUUUAAACAGAUUCUCAUACCUUACACUUUUAAAGCCAGUCGAUCAAUUAAUCUCAAACAGUGAUAGUAAGAAACAGUAUCAAGACUUACUUUGGAGUGAUCCACAAACACAAUCAGGAUUAUUAAUGAAUGAAAGGCGUGGUUUAGGGUGUUCAUUUGGUCCUGAUAUUACAAACUUAUUUUUGAAUAAACACAAUUUAAGCCUACUUAUUCGUUCACAUGAAUGUAAACCUGAAGGAUUUGAAUGGUCACAUAAUAAACAGUUAUUAACUAUAUUCUCAGCAUCAAACUAUUAUACAGAUGGUUCUAAUCGUGGCGCCAUUGCUAGAAUUUCUGUUGAUGGUUCUAUACAAAUAAUACAAUAUGUAACUGGUGGACAGAAAAAAUUCAAAACACUAAGACAAAAAGUUUGUUGGGCUGAAGAAUCAGCAUUAACGGAUUUAAAAAACAAAAUCGCUGCUUAUUCAACAGAAUUGAAAAGAGAAUUUCAAUUACUUGAUCCUACAAAUACUGGUAGAAUUUCUAAGUUGGAAUGGUGUAAAACAAUGGAAAAAGUGCUAGAUUUAAAGUUACCAUGGAGUACACUUCAACCACGUUUAGUUGUUACAUCUAAAAUACCAAAUCAAGUAGAAUAUUUAACAACAUUUCAAAAACUUACUACUUAUAAUACCCCAUCAAAGGUGCCACCUUCAGUCACUGAAGAAAUGUAUAAAUUUCGUGAUGUACUUGAAGGAAUCUUUCGAGCAAUGGAUAAAGAUAAUUCAGGUCGAAUCUCAUUAAAUGAAUUUAAACAAGCUUGUUUACGUUUACCUAAAUGGACAAAAAUAGAUGAACAAAUAGUGAUGGAUAUGGCACGUUCAAUCGAUAUUAAUAAAGAUGGUUUAAUUGAUUUCAAUGAAUUUUUAGAAACAUUUAGAUUAGUUGAAUCCGAUCAUGAUCAUUAUGAAUCAUUAACUGAUCAACAAAUAGAUGAGUGAGAU